AUGACUGGAAACCUCUUGGUAGGUAUAACUGGAAAUCAUUGUGUUGUUAUUGCAGCUGAAAAAUAUUAUGAAAAUCAAAACAAUAUUUGUUCGCUGGAUGGUAAAAUCACUGUCGCCUGGUCAGGAUAUUCAUCCGAGUCAUUGAUGGUUGUUGAUAAAGCUAAAAUAUAUACUAAUAGUAUACACGGACUAAAUUCACCAGCUAAUCGUAUCGUAGAAUUUUUAAUUGAUCCUGAAAUCAGAGUUCUCAAUAAUCUACCAACUUUGCCAUAUACUGAAUCUUUUAUGGUUGCAUCUUGUGAUAACAAUGGGCCAAAUUUAUUUGUAACUGACACGUAUGGUACCAUAUCACAUGUUCUUGCUAGUGCUGUAGGAAGAAAAAGUGAUCUUGUUACAAAUUUUUUGGUUGAAAAUUAUUCAACUGCUAACAAAAGUAUUUUAGGAACCAUAGAGUUUGCAUUGAAGACGCUGUGCGUAAUCAGUGUACCAGAUACUAAAAUUAUUGGUGUUUCAGUCACAGCAUUUAAUAGACCAUUUGAAGUUGUUGAUAAUAACAUAAUCAGUCAAUUUUUAUCAAAAAUUGAAUUAUCGAGAAUAGUUGUUAAUGAUGCAGUAAAAAUUAAUAAUAUUUAA